UGAGGAGGAAAUACAGCCUGGCCAGGGAGCGUAGGAACUACAUUACCCAGAAGGCCGGGCGUGGAAUGCCACCAGGCUGAGCCAAUGGAAGCUCAGAAAAGGCGUUUCCGUUUUUCAAGUUCUGGUGGGCGGGACCGGUAGUCUUCUCCAUUUUGUCUGAAGCGGUCGGCGGCAACUGAUUACAGAGAGAAGGCUGGAGAGUGGUCGUCCCCGCCUCACAGCCCAUGGUCGGAGCCUCCAGUGGUGCUCACAGCGCACACGUGGGAUUGAAGCUCGGAGUCGCCACCAGACCGCCCAGGGCCGGGACAGGGACCGCCGUUCUUGCAGCGGCUUCUGCUCCCGCCCCGCUCCGCCCACAGAGGGCAAUGGCAGCGCAGGUGCUGAGGAGACGGGCUGAGGUUGGCCUGACCUUUGAGGACAUUGCCCUGUACUUCUCCAGGGAGGAAUGGAGCCUCCUUGAUGAGGGUCAGAGACAGCUGUACCUGAAUGUGAUGCUGGAGAAUUUUGAACUUAUAUCCUCGCUGGGUUGCUGCUGUGGAGAAGAGAAUGUGGAGGCCCCGACUGAACAAAAGGUUUCUGGAAGAUUGUCACAGGCAAGGAAUCCCAAGGUAGCCUUGUCUUCCCAGAAGAGCCACCCCUGUGAGAGUUGUGGGCUAGUCCUGGGAAACAUUUUCUGCGUGAUGGAGCUGCAGGGAACACAACACAGACAGAUACUGUUGAGGUGUGGAGCGUGUGCAAAACGGUUUUCUUUGUGUGCAAAAUUUCACCAGCAGCAUGUGAGAGAGCAGACUUACAUUAGAGGUUUGGAAAGGAUGUCACUUGCAAACAGCUGCAAUUUCAAUGUGUCCCAGAAUCAUUUCACCUGUGGGGAGGUUGGGCAGAGUGUCCUUACGGAAUCUGGACAUCUCCACCUACAGGCUUCUCUGACCAGGCACAGUCCAACUAUUAUUUUGAUGCGUGGGAUGACGAUUCAAAGUAGAAAAAAUUAUUUCAGCAGAAAAGAAUGUAAGAAAGUCAUCAGUUGCACCCACACGUUUAUUCAGGAAAAAGGUGUCCAUCUUGGAAGUGCAUGUGGUGUGUGCUCUGAAUGUGGAAAAUAUUGUACCAAAUUUUCGAGGUUUCAUUAUCAACAGAGAGGUCACACUGGAGAAAGGGCAUAUCACUGCAGUGAAUGUGGGAAAUAUUUUACCAGGAUCCGUGAUCUUCAUUGUCAUCAGAGAUUUCAUACAGGACAAAAGCCUUAUACAUGCAGUGAGUGUGGGAAAUCUUUUACCUGGAGCACUGCUCUUCGUUAUCAUCAGAUAGUUCACACUGAAGAAAAGCCUUAUAAAUGCAGUGAAUGUGGAAAAUCUUUUAAAAGUAGAAGUGGUUUCCGAUAUCAUCAGAGAGUUCAUACUGGAGAAAAGCCUUUUCAAUGCAGUGAAUGUGGAAAAUCUUUUACCACUAAGAAAGACCUUUAUCAACAUCAGAGAGUUCAUACGGGAGAAAAGCCUUAUCAAUGCAGUGAAUGUGGGAAAUCUUUUACCCAGAGCAAUGCCCUUCGUUAUCAUCAGAGAGUUCAUACAGGAGAAAAGCCUUAUAAAUGCAGUGAUUGUGGAAAAUCUUUUAAAGGUAGAAAAGGUCUCCAAUAUCAUCAGAGAGUACACACUGGAGAAAAGCCUUAUCAGUGCAGUGAAUGUGGGAAAUCUUUUCCCGUUAGCAAUGACCUUCAUCGUCAUCAGAGACUUCAUACAGGAGAAAAGCCUUAUCAAUGCAGUGAAUGUGGGAAGUCUUUUACCACUAAUACCAUCCUUCAUCGACAUCUGAGAGUUCAUACAGGAGAAAAGCCUUAUAAAUGCACUGAAUGUGGGAAAUCUUUUAAAAGGAACAGUAGUCUCCAGUAUCAUCAGAGAGUUCACACUGGAGAAAGCCAUUAUGAGUGCAAUUAAUGUGAGGUAUAUCCCAGCCAAAUUUUUAAAUUCGCUCCGUGCAUAAGUGUACAAAUGUGAGAAAUUUCUUAGAUGUGUAGGAAAUGUAAUUUCUUAGUUUGGACAUAACAAUAGUACAGGAAAAUUUGUGAAUCCUCAUUUUUCUGAAUUGUAUCUCAUUUAUUUAAUCACCUAUAUUCUGUAAAGCUCCCAUAAGUGUUUUUGCUUCUGUGUUUGUGUGUUUUUAGUUGGAACACUGUGUAAUUAUGUUGCACGUUCUAGCAUACAGAGAUGUCCUGCCAGAUCUACAUCACUGCAUAUUUCUGUUGCUGAAGAUAUUUCACCUGAACCACCUAUAAGGCCCCUACAGAUGGCAUCAGUCACCAUCCUCAUGUGCCCAGGGAAGCUAACUCUGUUGUCGAAUUUGUUGAAGAAAAUGAGGAAUACCUGAGCCCUUGUUUCUUACUUGUUUCCCUGUCAUGAGUCGCCACAUAGGACUGAUUACUGUUGGCCCCAGUAAACACAAUGAUGCAGAGGGACUGCCCUUUUCAGGGACAUGCUUUGCCUGAACACUGGUGGUGAGUUUAUUGAGUGCUUAUGUCGUCAAUGGAAGAACUGCAAGUCUCCUGUCUCUUUGGUUUGUAAAAUAAUGAAGGCUUUUUCCUAAGACUUCUUUAA